AUGCCACCAGUGUUGGUCAUGGACGCCACCACCGCCCUCACCAUCUACGGUUUCUUGAUGCGAAUGCUGCGCGACCUGACACCGGAGGUGUUGAAGAUGGUAUUUGAAGCGUUUGUACGCAGCUUUGGCAACAACGGCAUUCGCAUCCAACCCGAUAUGCAGCGUGCCAACGCAGCCGUCGCUGGACCAGACUUCGUGAGGCAGCAGAAUGGGCAGACUGUUCUCUACUACAACAAACAGCGGUACUGGAUGCAUCCAGCCCUUGACGUUGUACACGUUCUAGCAGCCUCUCUCAACGUACCCCUGAACUCCGCGCUCUCGCACCCCUCCGGUCGUUUGAAGCCCAAUAGACGCAAUAUAUUGUGCAGAUUCUUCUGCUACAUGACUUGGGCGGCCAUCACGAACACGAGCGUCACGUACAUCCUACCGACCGUCCAUCGAUUGACCGCCCCGCCAUCUCCCAAUCGACUGCACAGGCUUGUGUGGGUGAACAUCUUGAUCCACAAGUCGUACUACGAUCAUUUCUCCAGCCAACGUGCGCAGACCGAGCUGCAUUGGCUCGAAAACAAUACUCAAGGGCUGGCGAACCAUGCGCCGACGUUGAGGCAUCUGAGAGUGCGCAUCGAAGACAAGAACACUCUCGAGGACCAACAGCGCCGGCUUGUCAGAAACGGCCAGCCGAUUUCGAUCAACGAGGAGAUCAUGAUCGUCUUUUGCGGUAUGAGCAUUCUCAAAGGCAAGCAAAGUCUUAGUGCGAGGUACCUGUUCCCAAACUCUGAUGAGAUGGAAAAGGAACGUGCAGACCUAGAGGGCAUUGCGGAGGGAACUGGUCGGAAACAAGUUGAUGGAACGAAGAAACUCCCAACCGACCGUGCCGUCGACAAGGUCCGUAGCUCGUGGGCCGCCGUCAAAGCGCUGGCGAAGAAGGCCAAGAACCACUGGCAGAUGAGGCCAGGGGAGUCUCGCCGGGACUCACAGCUCCCAGCUGACAAUCCACACGAGAACUGGGAUGGAACCGAUCCUGAAGUGUCGCUGGAGGACGUGAGGCAGGGAUGCCCGAGCCCGAAGGAUGAAGAAGGAGAGCAGGGCAAGAAGGCCUCUUGA